AUGAAGAAAAGGCAAACAAGUUUGGACGAUUUUCUAACAAAAAAACCGAAAAGUGACGUGGAUUCAGUACGGGCCGAUGAAAAUCAUGCAGUGGUCUUGAACCCUCAGGUGGAAAACAAAAUAGAUGACACUCUGGCAUCCGAUGAAGGUGAAAGGUCAAGGGGAUGCUCAAGCGGAAUGUUAGACAUUGGAAAUUUUAUUGAUCGUCAUCCGAAUGCCGAAACUUGUCACGAUAUUUUGGUCUCAGCUUGGAUUCCUGAUUCAUCAUUUGCGUUUCCUGUGGAGGAAGGUGGAUCAAGAAAAUUCCAAUUAUCCUGGCUGCAACAAUUCUCUUGGCUAUCGUACUCUGGACUACUCGACGGCGCAUUUUGUCGAUAUUGCUUCCUGUUUGCAACGAAAUCGAGCUCUGGUGCAAGUGGAGGACAAGCUCUUGGGAAACUCGUUGCUGAGCCGUAUCGAAAAUGGAAAAAUGCAUUGGAAAACUUUAGGAAGCAUGAAAGACUCGAUUAUCACCUCGCAAGCUCGCUGGCUGCUGAAAAUUUUUUGAAAAUUCAAGAGGGGCACAAACUUCCCAUUACCGCAAGUCUUAACAAUGCUGCCGAAGAGGAAUUGCAAAGGGGAAAAUUAAUUUUAGAUCCCAUAAUUAAGACCCUUCUAGUUUGCGGCAGACAAGGAUUGGCUCUAAGAGGACACAAAGACAGCGGAAGACUAUCGCUGAAGCAACCCGACGAAAAUGAUGGAAAUUUCCGUGCGCUUUUACGUAUGCGGAUUGAAAGCGGAGACGGAAAUCUGAAAACCCACAUUGAGACGUCACCUCAAAAUGCAACCUACUUGAGCCCCGACAUCCAGAACGAAAUUUUGAAUUUGUCAAGCCGUCAGAUUCAAGAAACAAUAGUCAAAGAAAUUAACUCGGCGAAGUGUUUCAGCAUAAUUGCGGAUGAGACUACAGACGUGGCUGAGAGCGGUACGGGCGAGUCAAUCGCAAUCAAGAUAAAAGAAGAGUUGCAAAAGUUAGGGAUCGAAACUAAGUAUUUGCACGGGCAAGGGUACGACGGGUGUAGCGUAAUGAAAGGAAGUGUUAAGGGAGUUCAAGCCAAGGUUAAGGAGUUAAUUAGUCCCAAGGCCUUAUACGUACACUGUAGCAGUCAUAGCUUUAACCUUGCCCUUACCGACGCCUGUAAGAUUCCGGAUAUACGAAACACUUUCCAGUCACUCAACGAGGUAAUAAAAUUUAUUCGGGCUUCGCCGAAACGAACCUCCACUCUAAAAAAUAUUACAGCAGAAAAUCCGACACACUACCAACGGGACAAACUAAUUUCGUUUUGUGAAACUCGAUUUGUUGAGAGGCACUCGUCAGUUCUACGAUUUGUGGAACUUUAUGACGCAAUAGUUGACCUUCUGGAAAUAUUGGAAAUCGAUGCAGAUUCCAACACAUCAAGCAAAGCCCACCAACUAUUAAUCUGCAUCACAACGAUACGAUUCGUUGUAUCAAUGUACGUGAUUGAAAAGGUCCUCUCCAUCACCAUUUCCUUCUCUCGACAGCUCCAGAGUCCCGACCUGGUUUUACUAGCAUGCCUUGAAAUGGCGGAAAAUAUCUUGGUACUAUUAACGGACAUCCAACUAAAUUCGACAACCGAAUUCGCUGUCGAGCAAAUUUGGAAGGUUGCUGCGACAACUUGCACAAAUCAGUCCGUCCCAGUUGAUCUUCCCAGGUCAGCCAAGAUUAAGUUAAAGAAAAAUCCACAAGAUCCUGGAAACACAAUGGACGCUGAAACGUAUUACCGUACAACAAUUUUUGACCCAUUUCUGGAGUGUGAUUGA